CAAAUGUGCUGAUACUAGUAUCUCUAUUUCUAAGUAUUCAAGAAUAUUUGCAAAUAAAAUGAUCACGAGCACCGUUAGUCCGACGCUGAUAAUUGGUCUUCGAUUUUUCGGGUUUUGGCCGGGCGUAUCAUAUUCUACCAUUUAUUGGCUAAGUUUUAUGUCGACUAUGCUGAUUAUGCAAUACUUCCAAUAUCUGUACAUAUUUAAUCAUCUGAAGACCAGCGAGUUAACAAAUCUUGUUGACAGUUUGAUGACGACUUCAAUUUACAGUUUGACAUUUCUGAAAUUGGUUAUUCUGUGGAUACAUCGUCGAGUCUUUCAUACAAUUUUGGCGGAUAUGGAAAAUGACUGGCGCGAGUGCAUCAACGUUGAUCAGCAUUUACAUAUAAUGACAAUCAAAGCUAACAUAUCACAUUUUUUCUCUAGUAGUUUAUUGAGCUUUAAUGCGAUCGCUUCGGCAUUUUAUCUCUUAGGCGACUACGUAAUUCGUUUUAUAUUUCUAACCAAAGAUUAUAACGCCACUUUACGACAGCUUCCUAUGAAGAUACAAUUUCCUUUUGAAACACAACAAUCGCCGAUGUUUGAAUGUUUCGUUGUAUCACUAUUUUUACACGCGAUGUUACAAGUAUGGUCGAUGGCUAUUUUAAAUGGAUUAAUCUUCGCUUUGGUGCUCCAUCUAAGCGGACAAGUUGAUAUAAUAUGUCAAGAGUUCAGAAAUAUUUCCAGGACUACUCUUCUGUAUGGAUCUUCCCUAUCUUCAUUUGGAGUAUUAGUCGAGAGGCACAACAGAAUUAUUUCAUUAUCUGAGAACAUCGAAAAACUCUUCUCCUUUAUUGCGUUAAUGCAAGUUGUUUGGAACACAUUAGUCAUUUGUUGUCUAGGAUUUAUCAUCAUAAUUUCAAUUCAUAAUGAAACUGGUGUUUUCGCGUUAGUGAAAACCGUGAUUGCUUAUUUUUCCAUAAUAAUGGAAGUCUUUUUCAUUUGCUUUGCCGGUGAAUAUCUUGGUUUAAAAGGCAAUUUAAUUGCUAGGGCAACAUACGAAACGCCAUGGUAUGAUAUACCGUCAAAUCAAAGUAAAAUUAUAAUAUUUAUAUUGUUGAGAUCACAAAAGCGACUGGCAAUCACGGCAGGGAAGAUGAUGGAUAUGUCAUUUGAAACUUUUACAAGUAUUAUGAAAGCGUCAGUAUCAUAUAUAUCAGUUUUGAACGCUAUGUAUUGACAUCAACAAAAUUGCGUAGUAUCUAUUUUCUGAUAUUAUAUAUAUAUCACGUAGUUAAU